UAGCCGCGAGGGUAAUAGCGAGCCAGCAUCACGCAAAAUGCCACGAUGAAGCGCAGGGACAAUGUGCCUUCUGGAGAAAUCCGAAAUCACAUGGUCUCCGAGGCGAGCGGAAAUCAUCACGUGUUCGGCAGUUUCCGAAUGACGGUUCGACUUCUGUCCGACGCUGUCCGCAGGGUAUGGGCUACUCCUAAGGCUGAAACCAGCAUAGAGCGCAGCCCUUCUGGCAGGGUUGCCAUUUCCUCGGACACCAUGCCGUCUGGGGCAGCUAACGAGCGCGCUGGCGUCCACGUUGCAGGCGUCGUGGAGAUGUUCACGACAAUCGCCGUCGAGGACGCUAGUAGCACGGUGAGACCGGCUAAUGAUCAUCACAAACGUGUCUGGGGGUUCAAUGAGCAUUGCAAGGUACCCGGAUCGAGCCCGCGCAGGCUGCACCUUUCUGCCGUGCGGCUUCCUGUACGUGCGUCCCCCAAUCGUGGUGAAGGUGCGCUCCCCGCUGCAACCGGAAGGAUGCUCGAUGCAUCCUACAAUGAAGGGGCACGAACGUCUAGCGGCGCUGAUGACGCAGCAUAA